GAUGCCAUUCUAGCCAUGACGAAUGACUACAUGCAACAAAUUGUCCGUCGCGAGAAAACAUACGAGUUCAGAAAAUACAGAAUCUCAUCUACAGUUAAACGAAUCUGGUUUUAUCUAAACGCGCCACACUCCGCUAUUGCUUAUAUCUGCGAAAUCGAUCCUGCUCGGACACGGAAUCCAGAUGACGAUCCCCUGCCCGAAGAUGGGCUGGGAAAUCGCGAGUUCAAUACGCGCCACGAGGACUGGGACCGGUAUGACUAUGCGUGCAGGGUGAAAAGCGUUAGGAAGCUUAAUGCUCCGCUGAGCUUGAGGGCGAUGAAAGAGCUGUAUGGAAUGAAGAUUGCACCAAGGGGCUUGGUGUACGCGCCACCCGAUAUGGUGAAAGAUAUACCUUUAGACCAACAGCUACUU